GGAGUGUACUGAGUGGUCCAGGGAGUGUUCCUGCACCCAAGGCAACUGCUGAGGAUUGGAUCAAUGCGGUAAAUGAGAUUCAAAAGGGUGCUCUUUCGACCCGUCUUGGUAUUCCAAUGAUUUAUGGGAUAGAUGCAGUUCAUGGCCACAACAAUGUCUAUAAUGCUACUAUUUUUCCUCACAAUAUUGGCCUUGGUGUCACCAGGGACCACGAUCUUGUGAAGCGGAUUGGGGCUGCAACUGCACUUGAAGUAAGAGCCACAGGAAUCCCAUAUGCUUUUGCUCCCAGCAUUGCAGUAUGCAGAGAUCCUAGAUGGGGCCGUUGCUAUGAAAGCUACAGCGAAGAUCACAGGAUUGUGCAAACCAUGACGGAGAUAAUUUCUGGUUUACAAGGAGAUCUGCCAGCUGAUUCUCGCAAGGGUGUUCCCUUUGUUGAUGGAAAGUCAAAGGUCGCAGCCUGUGCCAAGCAUUUUGUGGGAGACGGUGGCACAGUAGGGGGGAUCGAUGAAAAUAACACUGUAAUUGACUCAAUUGGUUUGUUUGGCAUCCAUAUGCCUGCAUAUUAUGAUUCAAUCAUUAAGGGUGUUUCAACGGUGAUGGUGUCUUACUCAAGCUUGAACGGGAUAAAGAUGCAUGCUAAUCGAGAUUUUAUCACUGGCUUCCUAAAGGACAUACUCAACUUCAAGGGUUUUGUCAUUUCUGAUUGGCAAGGGAUUGACCGGAUUACAAGCCCGCCUCAUGCUAAUUACACUUAUUCUGUUCAAGCUGGAGUUUCUGCAGGAAUAGACAUGGUUAUGGUUCCAAUCAACUACACAGAAUUUAUUGAUACACUGACUCUCCUAGUGAAAGAUAAUGUCAUUCCCAUGAGCAGAAUUGAUGAUGCUGUGAAGCGGAUAUUGAGAGUUAAGUUCACCAUGGGUCUCUUUGAGAACCCACUGGCUGACCUUAGCUUUGUCAACCAACUCGGUAGCGAGGAGCAUAGAGAGUUGGCAAGGGAAGCAGUAAGGAAAUCACUUGUCCUUUUGAAGAACGGGAAGAUCACUAAUCAGCCAUUACUUCCCCUUCCAAAGACAGCGCCAAACAUACUUGUAGCUGGAAGCCAUGCAGACAAUUUGGGUUACCAAUGCGGAGGCUGGACAAUAAAAUGGCAGGGUGUCACAGGCAAUGAUUUAACAGUUG